AUGUCAUCGGCUUCUCUUACUUACGCAUCUACACUCGGUGGUUCUUUGUCUAGAAGCACCACUCCCGAACCUCAAAUCGUGGCUACGCUCCAUCAUCACCACAUGUUGCUCAGUUCUGGAUUUGUAAGGGCUUGUUUCAUUGAUUCAUUGCCUCGCUACCACAAAUACAAGCUCUUCAGAUACUCUGGUCAAAGACAUAACUGUCUCCCCUCCCAUCGCUGCGGUCGGUCUUCCUUCUCCUUGCUGCCGUCACCACUGCUUCCUCCACCCUCGUCGGCGUUAGACCUUCUUUCUCCUUGCCAACGUCCUUUUCUUCCUUCCCAUCGCCGGCAUCCUGAACUCGUUUGGCCUGGACUAUUUGGGCACAAAGUUUCUAGGGUUCUUGGUGGUGGUCUGGUACCUGGUUCUUUGAUUUUGAUUAGUGGUGAUCCAUGUGUCGGGAAGAGGACGCUAAUGUUACCGAUCGCAACCAUUAUAGCAGAAGGGAGAGAAAUCGGUAAACCAGCUCCUGUGCUUUAUGUCUCUGGAGAAGAGAGUGUUGAGCAAAUUGGAAACAGAGCAGAUCGUAUGGAAAUCGACAUAGAAGAAUUGUUCUUGUAUUCAAGUACAGACAUUGAGCUAACGGGAGUAACUGGAAGUGCUGGAGGUAUCUACCAGGUUAAAGAAUGUACAACAGCCUUGUUGCGUUUUGCUAAGAAUACAAAUACACCUGGUUAUAGCCAUAUGAUGACGUUGCAUUUCCAGAACUUGUAUUAA